CCGAGCCUCAUGACACACACACUGGCAUGCACAACAUACAUUCAGGUUCAUUCACGUCGGCUCACACAUGUGCAGCGGUCCGUGAGCAGAGAGGUGUCCAUGACAUGUGUGCUUCAUUAACUCACUCCUCUGGGUCUUAUGGUGGACUUUGGACCUGAAGGGAAGGAGGAGGCUGAAUGAGAGGAGAAGAAAAGGAAAGGAAACAACAACUCUUUGACAAGAGGGAGAGGAAGAAUGGGGUAGCAACAAAAGGGAAAAAGAAAACUUCUAGUUGAGGAGAUGGACUGAGGCGAGCCAGAGAGACAGACAGGACCAACCAGUGGAUGGAUAUGGGCAGAGAGUGUCUCACCCGGGGACUGCUGCUGCGUCUGGGUGUUCUGCUCACUGCUGUGUGUGUGUGUGUUCAUGUUUUCCUGGAGACAAGUUGGCGGGGAGCACCUGCUCCCUUGGGACGUCCCACCCAGUCUAGUCAGAACCGGGGCCAACAAAGCAGAACCAAGCCAGAAGCAGAGGAGCCGGACAGAAGCAUUAAAAGGAGAAUCUCUCAUGUUCAAACUCUAAAGAAGGACAGCCAAGCCAGGAAGAGGGACGAGGACAGAGAGGAGCCCUCACCUCUCCGCCCACACAGAAAGACUCCUCGGUGGCAUAUAGACUUGAAGCCCUGGGCCGGUGAGAGUCAUUCUCUGGAGGAAGAAGCUAAAAGGUUCCUCAACUACAUCACAACACCCCAAGUGUCGUGUGCAUCGUUGGAGGGGACCCCAGGUGCCUGGGCUGCAUGUAUGGACCCCAAAUACAGCCUGACCCACAGAAUACAAGGCAAACACUGCAGGGUGUACUCUUUUGGGUUGGGCGCGGAUGAUCGGUCCCUGGAGCGAUCUCUCGCACGGGCCGGAUGUGAGGUGCACUGCUUUGAUCCCAGCCUGAAGCAGCCUCACCUGCAGCAGGAGGAAAUGUGGUUUCACCGGCUCUCUGUAGACUGGAGGGAUCCGAACCCGGCCAUUGUUGCCAAGCGUCAGUACGCCAACACCAAGAAACUGGCCACCAUCCUCAAUGACUUUGGACACAGACAGGUGGAUGUGCUAAAGGCAGAUAUGGAGAGCGCAGAAUGGAAGAUUUUGGAGAACUUGGUCCUGGAAGGAGUUCUGGAGUCCGUGGGUCAGCUGCUGUUGGAGCUUCACCUUCACUGGGCGGGCUUUGAGGUGGGUGGCGAUGACCCAUCCGUGGUGCGGUACUGGUUCAGCCUGCUCAAGGAACUCGAGCACGCAAACUUCCGCCUCUUCCACGUCAACAGCGACCCCGCCAAACCUCACAUCUUUCUGCAUAAGAACGUCCUGAACGCCAGCAGCGCUUACACCCUCAGCUGGGUGAACGCGCAGUGGAAGCCUUGAGGGAAGAGUUAUCUCGGCUGGAACAGAUUCCGAAUGGAAAUGCACGUUUUGUUCAACAUGGAGUUUUUUUUUUAAAUCAAAGCACAAAUUCUUGUUCGAGCACGGCCGUCCCAACUGACUUCUUAUCUCGCCUAACCUUUUCAGCAAAGCCGAAAUCCGUGCUCCUGCUCGUCCUCUCCUGGCCUGUAAUAACCUCAGGCGUGGAGAGGGGGAGAGUAAAUGGCCUCCAGAGGCUGUCUGUGUUCUACCUCAUAGUGGCGGUGUCGUUGGCUGCAGGUCAGCUUCUCGAGUCAGAGGCCUCCGUCCUUGAUGGUCCUAUCGGAGCUUUUUCAGAUUUCUGGCCAAACGGACAUUUCUCCGCAGUUGAACCGUGACGUGAUUGUAUCUGGACAACAAUAACAGGAAGACUGCUGCAGUGAUGUGUCUGGAUGUGUUCAGUGUGUUUGUUGGAGGACGUGUGGGAAUAAGACCAAAAAAAAAGAUGCUUUACUCGGAUUGUUUCUUUUAAUAAUAAAAACCAGUGAGAUCCACACAAAGAAGCAUUUUGUGCAACGGUCAGUUCUUUUCCUCCAGUUUUCUUCUGGUGUUCAACUUGACCUCGCUCCACUAUCUCUGCUGCACCAGAAUGUUACUAACAAACUUAUCUGAAAACAGCACUGG